CCGGAGGCGAUGGCGCCCUGGGCGCUCCUUAGCCCUGGGGUGCUAGUGCGGACCGGGCACACUCUGCUGACCUGGGGGAUCACGCUGGUGCUCUUCUUGCACGAUACCGCCCUGCGCAGGUGGGAGGAGCAGGGUAAGCUGCUGCUGCCUCUCACCUUCCUGCUGCUGGUACAGAGCUCUCUACUGCUCUACCUGGCUGUGUCGCUCAUGGACCCUGGCUAUGUGAACACCCAGCUUCAACCUCAGGACUCAGCAGCCAAGGAGGAGCAGACGGCCAUGGUCCCCCAGAUCUACCCUGUUCGACGCUGCCGCUAUUGCCUAGUUCUGCCACCCCUGAGGGCCCGCCACUGCCGCGAGUGUGGCCGCUGCGUGCGCCGCUAUGACCACCACUGCCCCUGGAUGGAGAACUGUGUGGGCGAACGCAACCACCCUCUCUUCUUGGCCUACCUGACGCUGCAGCUGCUGGUGCUACUCUGGGGUGUCUACUUGGCCUGCAAGAGGCAGCACAGAUGCUGGGACCUUUCCUGUUGUCCCCUAUCCCUGUCCCGCCUGCAGGUCUGGCCUCCACUUCUUCCGGCCCUGGAGCCAGUGGCUGCGUUCCAGCGGCCUCCUGUUCGCCACUUUCCUGCUCCUGUUGAUCUUCUCCGGAGUGGCUGCCCUACUCCUGGGCUCACACCUCUACCUGGUGGCCCAAAACACCACCACAUGGGAGUUCAUCUCUGCCCACCGCAUCAACUACCUCCGCCAGCACCCCGGAAACCCAUUCGACCGUGGCCUGGCCCGAAACCUCGCCCACUUUUGCAGGUGGCCCUCAGCGUCCUGGGAGAACCUGUGGGCAGAGGACCAGGAAGAAGCCAGUAGCCAGACUGUCUAGGGGGCCCCCAACUAGGGCCUGGGUUUUCCCCAUGCUGGCUGCCCAACCCAGUACAAAGAGCAAAGAAGUGGGUUGGGGGACAGGACCGUGUUGGGGCCUGGGGCUGAGAUGCCUUCCCAUGCCAGGCUGUCUCCAAUGCAAUUUUAUAAAUUUAAUAAUACACAAA